CUCAUUUCCUCAGGGCAUUUGCUUAGUCACUCCCCUCCUAUCGUGCCAAGAGAAGACAUUUCAUUGGAGACACAAAUUCAUUUUUCUCACUUGAGUUUUUCCUUUUGACACAAAAGUGUUGAUCAGUUUCAGCCGGGAGCCAAGAACUGAACAAGCACAGAAGCAGAAAAUGGCACUUAGCAAAGACCGUGGCAUUACAAUGAAUGAUGGGAACAAAAUACCCAUAUUGGGUUUUGGAACUGCUUCCCCAGGCACUGUUCCAAAAAAUAAGUGUGAGGAGGCUACAAAGAUAGCAAUAGAAGUCGGCUUCCGUCAUAUUGAUAGCGCAUAUGCGUACCAGAAUGAGGAGGACAUUGGAAGGGCCGUUCGUGCGAAGAUUUCAGAUGGAACAGUAAAAAGGGAAGACAUUUUCUACACUGGAAAACUCUGGAGUACCUUCCACCGCCCAGAGCUGGUUCGGAAAUGCAUAGAAGAAUCGCUGAAGAAACUCCAGUUUGACCACAUGGAUCUGUUCAUAAUUCACAAUCCAUAUUCUCUGAAGCCUGGACCAGAUUUACUUCCCACAGGAGAAGACAAAAAAACAAUUUUUGACAAUGUAGAUCUUCGGCAGACAUGGGAGGCAAUGGAGGCGUGCAAAGAUGCUGGCUUGGUGAGGUCCAUCGGAGUGUCCAACUUCACCUGUAAGCAGCUGGAAAUGAUCCUGAACAAGCCAGGAUUGAAAUACAAGCCAGUGAUAAACCAGGUUGAAUGCCAUCCUUAUCGGAACCAAAGCAAGAUGCUGGCUUUCUGCAAGUCAAACAAUAUCAUCAUGGAAGGAUAUAGUGUCCUGGGAUCCCAAAGGGAUGCAAGUUGGAUAGAUCAAAACACUCCUCCCCUGCUUGAAGACCCUCUGUUAGUUGCGAUCGCCAAGAAGUACAACAAAACCCCAGCUCUUGUGGCUAUUCGCUACCAACUGCAGCGUGGCCUGGUGGUCCUGGUGAAGACCUACACCAGAAAGCGAACUGAGGAAAAUGCCCAGGCAUUUACUUUCCAGCUGUCUGAGGAGGAUAUGAAAUCCAUUGAUGGCCUUCACAAAAGCAUGAGCUUCAUAAAAAUGGAUAUGUUUGCUGGUCACCCAGAGUAUUACCCACCAGAUGUGGAAUAAGGACUCGUCUCCCAUCUCUAAUUUAUCUCCAAUUCUUAGGAACCACCAUAGUUCCAUUGCACUCACAGAAUCAAAAAUAUGUUUCAGCAAAAGUUAAAUCUACUCUAACAGAGCUUUGCAAAUGAUUUCUGGCUUUAAUCUGUUGGUAAAGGGGAAAUAGGGAAAUACAAGGAACCUUGUUGUUGACACUUUCAGAGCUACCUGUUUCCACUGCACACAUGUUGGUUUAAAAAGCAUUCCCUGUGCUGGAGUGGCAAAUUUAGAAGUGUGGAAGCUUAUAGGUACAUCCAUAUGCUCUGUCCAGAAAUGCAGGCAACUGUGUUAAUCCUCAUAUACACCAGCAUGCAUACACCCCAAAAGAGCUUCAGUAUAUAGUAUAUUUCAUUAGGAUCUGAUGACAGUCGUAUAACUCUAUUGAAUUUUAAACAGAUUGAGCUUUAAUCAUCUUCAGACAACUGACAGGCAACCCAUAGAUUUCAUGUAGAAAUGCAUACAAUUUUGCAAAAAAGCAUUACCAUUUAAACCUCUAUCGUGAAGCCGUAACCUCAUUAAAGAAAAGAAAGUA